AUGGGUCUCCUCUCCCAGGGCACCCCCCUGGACUGGGCGGACGCCGUGCCGCAUGCGGAGUCCAUCCGCGCGGACGGCCUCACCCAGGUGAUCAAUGUCUUCAAGAGUGCCUCCGCUCGGAAGAACGACCCCCGGCUGUGGGGCGACGAGAUUGAGGGCGUCCUGGUGAAUCUCGAUGAGCAGGGCAAGGCCGCUCGCCUGGGCCUGCGCGCCGGUCGUGUCCUUGACAAGCUCAUGGCCGAGGAGGAAGACAUCAAGGCAACUGGUCGGACUCCUGUGGCCCUCUGGCGCCCGGAGUAUGGUCGCUACAUGCUCGAGUGUACCCCUGGCUCUCCGUACGGCCCGCAUGUGAAGGACUUGCUUCAGGUUGAGCCCAACAUGGUUGCUCGCCGCGAGAUGAUCUCUGGCCAUCUGCGCCCCAAUGAGCGUCUCCUCACCAUCACCACCUUCCCCCGGCUUGGGGCUCUGGCGGCCCCGGUGUCUUCUCUGGCCGAGGGCGCGGUCGAUCCCGGGCCCCAGAUGGCCCCCGAGGCCGAGGUGGCCCCCUUCACCGAGCCCUGGCACCCGCAGCAUGGCGACGCCGCGCACUCCCUCUUUGCGCCGGAUGAGCUGAUCAACACGCACCCCCGGUUCCGGACCCUGACUGCCAACAUCCGCCAGCGUCGCGGUGCCAAGGUCUGCGUCGCGGUGCCGGUCUUCCGCGACACCAACACCCCCUGGCCCUUCCGUGAUGGCCCCUACCCGGUGACUCCGCAUCCGGUUGACGGGGCCCCCCCGGCCGACCUGCCGGCUGGCCAGAUCUACAUGGACUCCAUGUGCUUCGGCAUGGGGAACUGCUGCCUGCAGACCACCUUCCAGGCCUCUUGCAUUGCCGAGGCCCGGCGCCUGUAUGACCAGAUGAUCCCCCUGACCCCGGUGCUGAUGGCGGUCUCCGCCGCGGCCCCCAUCUGGCGCGGCUACCUGGCUGACAUUGACUGCCGGUGGAACCAGAUCAGUGCUUCGGUCGAUGAUCGGACCCGGCGCGAGCGCGGCCUUGAGCCCUACCCCGCCGACGGCCCGGCCGGCUAUGUCAUUGGCAAGUCGCGCUAUGGCUCGGUUGACAGCUAUCUGGAGGCCUCGUCCGACCGGUUCAAUGACCUGCCGCUGGUGAUGAAUGAGCCGGCGCGCGAGCGUCUCGAAGCCGCCGGCGUGCCGGCUCCCAUUGCCCGGCAUCUGGCGCACCUGUUCAUCCGCGACCCGUUGGUUCUGUACCGCGAGCUCCUGGUCCAGGACAAUGCCCACUCGACGGACCACUUUGAGAACAUCCAGUCCACCAACUGGCAGACCAUGCGCUUUAAGCCGCCUCCGCUGGCGCCGCUGACCCCGCCGUCGAUCGUUCCGUCGGUGGCCGCGUCGGCCAUGCCCAGCCCCACGGGCGAGGGUCCGUCCUCGGGCGAGGCCAUCGCCGCGCCGGUGGUCAACCUCCCCCCGCCGACGGUCGACGCCCCGAAGCAGGACCAGCAGGAGACCGAGGAGGAUUACUGCCUGGAGGGUCCGCUUGGGUGGCGCGUGGAGUUCCGCUCGCUGGAGGUCCAGUUUACCGAGUUCGAGAAUGCCGCCUUCGCCGUGUUCACCGCUCUCCUGGCGCGGCUCAUUGUCGAGGGGGUCCGGUGCCCGACCACCGGGACCACUCGCCAUGUGGACUUCCGCAUGCCCAUUACCCUGGUCGAUGAGAACCUCGAGCGCGCUCACCGGCGUGGUGCCGUGCUCACGGAGAAGUUCCACUUCCGCCGUGACUCGAUUGUCGACGGUGAUGAUGGCGGCAGCCAGGCCGCCACUUCGGAGGAUGUGCGCGCCUCGCCGGAGGAUGUGGCCGCCGCGCGGGACCUCCUGGAGGAGCAGUCUGCCGGGCGCAUCGUUGCCGAGACCAUCAUCCCCCUCAUCCGCCAAUACCUGGAUGCGGCUGGUGGCCUGGCCCCGGAGCAGCGUGCCACCCUCGACCGGUACCUGGAUCUGGUGGCCGGGCGCGCCUCGGGCCGUUACCAGACCAAUGCCGCCUGGAUUCGGGACUUCGUUCGGGCCCAUCCCGCCUACAAGCAGGACUCCCAUGUUUCAGACGAGAUCAACUUCGACCUCAUGCGUGCCAUCUCGGCCAUCAGCAGCCCGAGUCACGCCGCGGAUUACCCCACCCCGGCGGACCUGGCCGCUGGCUUGCCGGCUCUGAACACCGAGCGCCUCUGGGGCUCGCUUCCUCGUCCGGUGGCUGCUGCUCGGUUUGCGCCGCUUUCCGACCCGGAGACCAGCGGGUGUGCUUCCUCGGCUGCGUCAUCCACCGAGGGGAUCAUCCUCUCGGCGCCCCCCUCGGCCACCAGCCGUGCCGCCGCCGCCACCGCCGCCGCCGCCGCUGCCUCCUCCUGA